AUGGUUUUUGAAUAUCAUAGAAUGCCAGCUGAUUUGAAUCCUAAGGUCAACUGCGGUAGUGUUCUGAGAGAGACGCCUUUGCUAGAGAAUGAAGCUGUCAAUUCAGUGAGCUCUUUCGAAAGCGGCGCGCAAAAUGACGAUGAAUUUGAGCGGUUGUACCUCGAAAAAUCUCAAGUUAUAUCAGAUGCAAUUGAUGAAAUUGGGUUUGGAAAAUAUCAAAUCGGAUUGUUCUUGGUUGCGGGAUUUGGAUGGUUUGCAGACAAUGCAUGGCCAGUUGCAACCAGUUUGAUUCUGCCAAGGUUACAUGAAAUUGAUGGAGUUCGACCGCCGAAAGAGGGACGAACCCCAUUUAUUAUCUUAGCGCAAAAUUUAGGGCUACUAGCAGGAGCUUUGUUUUGGUCUCUAUCAUCUGAUGUUAUUGGAAGAAAGUGGGCGUUCAACAUUACGUUCUUAUGGACAGCAAUCUGGGCCAUUAUAGCAGGGUCAUCGCCUAAUUUUGCAGCUUUGGGAGUGUUUGCAGCCCUUUGGAGUUUUGGAGUAGGCGGGAACCUCCCAGUUGAUUCUGCGAUUUUCAUUGAAAACCUACCCUCCAAAUACAAUUAUCUUUUAACAGUUCUAAGCGUGUUUUGGGCUUUUGGUCAAAUUGUUGCAAAUUUGCUCUCAUGGGCACUAAUUACUAACUAUUCUUGCGAAACAACUAUUAUAACAAAGAGUUGUAAUUGGGGUUGGAGAUAUUUUUUGUUCUCAAUGGGAGGAUUGACGUUUUUGCUUUUUUUGAUUAGAUUUGCCUUCAGAGUUUUCGAAUCUCCUAGGUUCCACAUAUCGAGAGGUGAUAACGAAGCCGCCAUAGCUACCCUUUACCAAAUUGCCAGAAUAAAUGGUGUGGAGAUAACAUUAACUGUCGACGAUUUGAAGAGAAUUGAUGAAAAAUAUAUUUCGUCCAGGAGCGUUGAAGUAAAAGACAACGGGUUACUCUCUCGAAAACAGGUUUUCAAAAAUUCAGUAGCCAGAUUCAGACUAGAGCGCGUAAGAGCAGUUUUCGGUUCCAGGAAACAAGCUUACUCCUCAUCAUUGGUCAUACUUGUAUGGGCAACAAUCGGACUCGCAUUCCCCCUUUACAAUGCUUUUUUACCAACUUACCUUUCCGAGAAAGGAAACGCGAAUGCGUCACUGAGUGUUAGAUCAACGUAUAGAAACUCUUUGAUCAUAGCAUCAAUGGGAAUACCGGGCGCCAUCAUAGGCGGUAUUUUCGUCGAAACACGACUUGGAAGGAAAGGUACACUUUGUUUGUCCAUGAUAAUCACCGGCGCGAUCUUGUAUGGUUCAACGACUGCAAAGACUAGCAGCUCUUAUCUGGGAUGGAAUUGUGGGUUUAAUAUAUCGUCCAACGUGAUGUAUGGGGUACUAUACGGGUACACGCCCGAAAUAUUCCCUACCAAAAUUAGAGGGACAGGUGUUGGUCUUGCCGCCUCAGCAAACCGUAUCCUCGGUAUACUCUCCCCAAUAAUCGGUAUGUAUGCCGACCUAACUACUUCAGUCCCGAUAUUUGUAAGUGGAGCACUGUUUAUACUAGCUGGAGUUGUGUCGGCAUUAUUUCCUAUUGAGUCAAGAGGCAAAGCGACAUAUUGA